GCUUGAUACCGUCCACUCCUCCCACGGGAAACGCGCGAGCCAUGCUCCGGGCCCUUGCGGCGAUUGCGUGCCUCCCGUUUUCUCUGGGCUCGGCUUUGGUGCCGCGGCGCGUGGCUUUCGGCGCCGGAGAUUGGCGGCACAAGGCGCUGGAGGCGCUGUGGACGGAGGGGGCCGUGGUGGUCGCCGACGUUGGCGACGGAGGGGAGGAAGACUUCAAGGAGGCAGCGCUGAGGCUACCGCGGCAGCUCUUUGCAGAGAGGCCUAAGCUGCUGUCCGCGGAUGCCCCGGUGUCCGGUGUCCAUGAGGAGCUGUUAGAGGCCAAGCGCCGGGGCAAGUACUUGCCCGGCAGCGGCCUGCUGCCCCACACGGACGGUUACGUGUAUGGGGACUUCUUGCCAGACUUUGUUACCCUGCUCUGUGAGGAGCCCUCCGUGGAAGGGGGCGCCAACACACUGCUGGAUGGCGUCGCCUUGGCGCGUACCCUGGACCAAGAGGCCUUGCACUGGCUGGAGACCACGCCGGUGGAUUUGUCGGAGGCCGAUGCCUCGGGCAUCGCGGCGGGCCGCAAAGCGGAGGGCCCGGUGAUCCAGUGGCCCAGCACCUCCACAGGUGAGCGGCGGCUGAAGUGGCGGCGCCAGAUCAAUGUGGAGGAAGCCAAGCGGACCCGCAACUGGCAUCCUUUGGACGCGAGCGGAUCCGCGGCUGAAGGAGUGGCAGGUCGGUAUGUGUCUUUGUGGAAGCCGCUGCCCAACGCCACAGAGGCCGAAGCCAAGGAGAUCCGCCGGAACUUGGCGGAGCUCGAUGGGCGCCUGCAAAGCGCCUUUGCCUCCGCGGAGCGCGAGGGGACCUUUUCCCUGGCCCGAGGUGAGGCUUUGGUCAUCGAUAACUGGCGGGUCCUGCACUCUAGGGGUCCUUACAAAGGCACCCGCAAGAUGUGGCGCGUGUGGUCCUGGACGUCGGAGGGCUCCGGGCUACCCCCCGGCGGAGCCAAGACCUCCCAGCCCCUCAGCGAGGUCUUCGACGCGCCGCGCGCGGAGCUCUGAGGCCGCUGUUCGGCCAAAGGGGCCGAGCAGCAACUGCUUGUUUUGCUAUUUUUGUGGGGAGGGGGGGGGUUAGAAUCGGGGUCCCAACUAUGUUUUGGACUUCCGGUUGACAUUGGCAUUUUCGGUGGCGCCGAGUGGCAACGGCUGCGCCCUCUUAAUUUCCGCUGGCUGAACAGUUGCCGCCGCCCUCGCACGCUCCUGAAUGCUUCGCCGGCGUUUAGUUGCGCGAGGCGCAGGUGUUGCGAUCACCGCUCUGUGCAGUUCUUGCCCGCUGAUGCAUUCAGAGGGUCUCUGGCGGAACACGGGCAUCCGACUGCGACUACAGCCGCUUCAAGCUGUUCGAAUCUCCCAGUAAAGCACGGUUGGGUCAUUGUUUUGUACAACGCGACUGGCACGAGAAUGGCGGAUC